AUGCUUGAAAAAAAAAUAAAAAAUUUAUCCGUUGGAGAAAAACUUUCAUCUUUGAUACAAAGUAAACCGUCAGGUUUCGAUUCUGACAGUGACAAUGAUUUAAUAACAGUAGACAAAUUAGCAUCGAAAUCUAAUGACAGCGAUUUCAGUGCAGAUGAACUCGAUGUCGCAAAAUUUCGUAAAUUAAAUGACACACUAUUAGACGAAAAUGACUUAAAGUAUAAAGGUAAAGGUGUUUCUAGAAAAAAUUUGUACGAUUUUGAUAAUGGGUCUAGUGACGACGAAGAGAACGAACCAUCUGUAGAGGAUGAUGAAUUUGGCAAUAAUGAUGAAGAAGGUAGUGAUAGUGAUGUUGAGAGUGAAGAUGAAGAUGAAGAAGAAGAUGAAGAUGAGAACGAAAAAGAAGAGGAAGAAGAAGAAUUUUCUCUCAGCAGCGAUCAGGAUGUAGAUUCUAAACAAACAGAAAAUGUUUCUCAUCCUAAAAAUCACCAAUCUGAUCAAAUUAACCAUAAGCAAAUUUUUCUAAAUGCUGAAAAAGACAUUGAAAAAGGAGCGGCUAUUAAGAAUCAGUUACAUUUGUGGGAUUUUUUUUUAGAUUGUCGUAUGAAAUUACAACCCAGUUUAGUCAACUCAAAUCAAUUGCCUACAUAUAAGAAUAUAGAAAAAUUUAAAGAAAAUCCCGAAUUUGAUGAAUUAAGAAGAAAAACUUUUAAAUCUUACAAGCAUUUACUUAGAUCUUUAUUAUCACUACAAGAAGUACUUUUGAAUGAUAAUGAAGAAUUUAAUAAUAGCUAUUGCGAUAAAGAAGUCAAAUCUAAAAAUGAUGAAAGCACUAGUGAAAUAGAAAGUAAUUUAGAAAGUGAUGAAGAUACAGUUAACACAUGCCAAAAUAAAAACUUUGAAAAAAAAAAUUCCUUCAAAAAUAAUUGUAAAAAAUUAAAAGACUUUUCGAGUGAAAUUAAUAAAAGGCAUAAACAUUUUGAAACUUAUAGAAAUAACACAAUUCAAAAAUGGGAUGAUAAAACAAGAUUAGGAAAUUUAAGUAGUAAAAAUUUUAGCGCUUUCGAACAAUCAACAUUAAAACAAAUAGAACAUGUAUUAUUAAAUAAAGAAAGGCUCAUCACAAGGACUCAAACUAAAAGAUCUAGUUAUCACAUAUUAGGUCAAUUAGAUGAUGAUGAACCUCAAUUGAAAAAAAUGGCUGUUGAAGAGAACAACAGUGAUUAUACAUUGAUAGGCAAUGAAAGAAAUAAAACAAAAAUUAAUAGAGAAAUAUUCGAUGAUGAUGAUUUUUAUCAUCAAUUGCUUAGUGAAUUAGUUAAAAGAAAAGCAAAUAAUUUAACUGAUCCUGUACAACUUGGUAGGCAAUGGAUGCAAUUGCAACAAAUUCGUAGCAAAAUGAAAAAAGUUGUCGAUACGAAAGCUUCCAAGGGUAGAAAAGUUAGAUUUGUGGUGCAUCCGAAAUUAGUCAAUUUUAUGAUGCCUGUAUAUAAUUCAGUUUUAAGUGAAGAAUCAAGAGCUGAAUUGAUAACUUCUUUAUUUGGAAAAAAAAAUUAA